GGAAAUCCGAUGCCACCUGACCAAGUCCUCUUCAGCCGUGCUGAUGCUCCUGUGCGAUACCAGGAAGACGACAAGUACUUUGCGCAUCGCCAUUUGCCAUCUGAUCAACGUCUGCCAGAUUCCGAUCUUCUGAAAGCGAUUCAUUCAUAUGCUUCAGACUUCUAUGGUUCAGGCAAAUCGGGGAAUCCUCGUUACGACUUCAAGAGCCUCGAUGAGACAGCGCUUCUUGCUAUGGGAAUUCUUAUCGAAGAAGCAGUUGCCGAGUCACUGGGGAAGACUGGUGACCUAGCAUUUGUGGAAGGCCCACAGCGCGAAGAUAUGCCUUGAAACAGCUAACAAGAGCGAGUCUCGAGACCACCGUCACGCUCAAGGUUGGAUUUCAUUUCGCGCUGCAUGCACUCUACGCCAUUCCCCAGGAAACGCCACCUGUUUGCGCUCCUGUAACGAAUGUCAAAGUCUUCGCCUCUGAGCUCGGCAUUGACUAGUUUCUCGUACAGGAUGGCACUGCCAGCGAAUGUCGCAGUCACGCGACCGUUUACGCGGUUCGCCUUGUACCACGAACGGCAGCCUCCUGUCCCUGCGUUUAGAAAGCAUCGUCAGCAUGACUUCCUGGUCGAAUCCGCAAUAAGAAUCUACUCACAUGUAAGAGUCUUGUGGAUUUGGUCGCUGUAGCGACAAAACUCGUCCACGACUUCCUGCUUCGGCGCAAUU